AACGAAUGCAAACCUAUUUAAAUUCCACUCUUCAUUCUGCCUUUUCAAUUUCGCCCCUUUUGUCUCUCCGCCGUUGCUCCGCCAUCUCUCUCUCUAGAAAACCUUCACAGUCAAAUCAUCCGUUCAUUUUCACCGAGAUUACUAUUCGUGCUCUCUCAAUUUGUGCGCUGCACUUCGAAAUUCCCGAAAAUCAGUAAAAAUGGCAAGCGCUACGACCAGCAAUGUCUACAUCCACGUCAUCGAGGACGUCAUCAAUAAGGUCCGCGAAGAGUUCAUCAACAACGGCGGCCCAGGAGAGAACGUGCUCAAUGAGCUCCAAGGAUUGUGGGAACUGAAGAUGAUACAAGCUGGAGCAAUCCUGGGUCCCAUAGAUAGGUCAGGUGCACAAAAAGGCGUGGCAGGUUGUCAAAUCACACCUAAUCCUGUGCAUGACCUCAAUGUACCCUAUGAAGGCACCGAGGAGUAUGAAACCCCCACUGCUGAUAUGCUCUUUCCUCCGACUCCUCUGCAAACUCCUAUGCAGACUCCCUUGCCCGGAACAGCACAGACACCAUUGCCGGGAACAGCUCAGACACCAUUACCUGGAACAGCUCAAACACCUCUCCCUGGAAGUGAGAGUGGUUCAAUGUACAAUAUUCCCACCGGUGGCACCCCAAUAACCCCCAACGAGUAUACAUAUACUAAUGAAAAUGGUGGGGCUGCUGAGAUAAAAACUGGACCUGGACGACCUAGUCCGUUUAUGGUGGAAAAAUUGAUUCUUUUUCUUCCUUUUCUUGUUUCUCAGCAGCCACCAUCGCCUUGGUUAAGCCAAAGGCCUUCUCUUGAUGUUAAUGUUGCUUAUGUGGAAGGUAGGGAAGAGGGUGAGAGGGCAGCACCCAAUCAGCCUGCAACUCAGGAUUUCUUCAUUCCUUCCGGAAAGCGAAAACGGGAUGAUAUCCCUCCACAAUACCAGGCUGGUGGGUACAUCCCCCAGCAAGAUGGAGCUGGGGAUAUCUUUUCAGAUGAAUUGAAGGUUAUCUUUGCGAAUAAUUUACUUUUUGGGGUGGAAGCUAUCGAAGUGAAUGUAGACUGGGUUGUUUGUGGAAAGUGUAAUCCUUGGAUUCCAAUUUUAGCUGCAGCAUGGGUGUGCAGUGGAGUCCAGGUAACUCAUGGGGAUGUUCAGCAAAUAUUUGUUCAAACGGGAACACUGUCUUUCAGAAUAUCUCAGUUGGAUGGUCCCAUACCUGAUCCAUAUGAUGAUGUACUUUCAACACCCAAUAUAUACAAUUAUCAAGGAGUUGUCAAUGAAGAUUACAAUAUAGUGAACACCCCAGUGCCAAAUGAGAUGCUAGCAGCAACUCCAGCUCCUGUACUGAAUGAAAAUGGGGAUGAUGAUGAUGAAGAUGAACCCUUGAAUGAAAAUGAUGACGAUGAUUUGGAUGAUGGAGACCAAGGCGAGGAUCUGAACACAUCACAUUUGGUUCUAGCUCAGUUUGAUAAGGUAACAAGAACCAAGAGCAGGUGGAAAUGCACAUUGAAGGAUGGCAUAAUGCACAUAAAUAACAAAGACAUUCUGUUCAACAAGGCAACCGGAGAGUUUGACUUCUGAUUUUGUUGAGGAAAAGCGAGGUGGUACUCGGUUUGGUUGAAAACCAGAGAUUUUUUCUUGUCUUGUUCAGUCUCUUUGGGUCCCUCCAAUGAACUAAGAACCCAGAAAACUGGUAUCGUUUGUGAUGGCCUGAUGUACAUACAGGGUUUUUGGUUCCUUUUAUGUGUUUAAUCCGUAAUGAGUCUCCAUAGCAUCUCAAUUAACCUUGGAAAUCCUGAUAUUGAUGCCAAAAUUGCUUCUCUAUUGCUUAAAUUAUACUAGAUGUGGUUGAUUUUCUGCAAUCACUGCGAUAUAGCUUUUCUCCAUUUCCAAAUUUUCUUGCAUAUAGUUUGUAAUGCACGUGGCACUCCAAAUUCA